AUGUCUUAUAAGGAGAUUGGUGCCCAUCUGGGAAGUGAGAAUCCGAGCUUCCUGAGGCGAGAACAGGUCUCUCGAAUUAUCCGUGAGCGCAUUCUCACGUUCCCAAGAACUGCCGCGUGGGGCAAUUACUCCGCGUUCGCCGACUUCGUCCUGCUGGGGCUGUUCCGCAGCUCGCGCGCGCCCUGGCUGCUCUUCGCCCUCAUCCUGCUGGUCUUCCUCGUCUCCAUAGCCAGCAACGCCACCAUGAUCGUGCUCAUCCGCGCGGACCCCCGGCUGCGCACGCCCAUGUACUUCCUGCUCAGCCAGCUCUCCCUCAUGGACAUCCUGUACAUCUCCACCAUCGUGCCCAAGAUGCUGCUGGACCAGGCGACGGGCCGGCGAGCCAUCUCCUUCGCGGGCUGCACGGCCCAGCACUUCCUCUACCUGACCUUGGCGGGGGCCGAGUUCUUCCUGCUGGGCCUCAUGUCCUACGACCGCUACGUGGCCGUGUGCAGCCCGCUGCGCUACCCGGUGCUCAUGAGCCGCAGGGUCUGCCUGCUGAUCGCGGCGGCGGCCUGGCUGGGGGGCUCCCUGGACGGCUUCCUGCUGACCCCGGUCACCAUGCAGUUCCCCUUCUGCGCCUCGCGGGAGAUCAACCACUUCUUCUGCGAGGUGCCUGCGCUGCUGAAGCUGUCCUGCGCCGACACCUCGGCCUACGAGACGGCCAUGUACGCCUGCUGCAUCCUCAUGCUGCUCAUCCCCUUCUCCGUCAUCGCGGCCUCCUACGCCCGCAUCCUGCUGGCCGUGUGCGCCAUGCGCCAGGCCGACGCCCGGCAGAAGGCGGUGGCCACCUGCUCCUCGCACAUGGUGGUGGUCAGCCUCUUCUACGGGGCCGCCAUGUACACCUACGUGCUGCCCCACUCCUACCACACGCCCGAGCAGGACAAGGCGGUGUCGGCCUUCUACACCAUCCUCACGCCCAUGCUCAAUCCGCUCAUCUACAGCCUGAGGAACAGGGACGUCGCGGGCGCGCUGCGGAGGGCCCGGGAGCGGGGCCUGUGUGCCGGGCGGGUGACCGCUUUCUGA